AUGGCCAGUCAACCGACGCUGUCGCUUCAUCGCUACGUGAGCCUCAUGUCGACGGCACUGGACGAGAUCGCAGGCGGCCGAGUACAUGGCCGAGCACUUGCAUCGGUAUCGUCGGCCGACAUAGGCAGCAAUCUCGACGCGCUGCAUACCUUUGGCCAAUGCACCAAGCGGACGAUGGAUACGUAUCAGCGCAUCAGCUUUCAUGGCCACUUUGUCGGCGGCAUCUUGCAUUUCAUCAAGCGCCCGACGGUACCAGUUGCGGUCUCGACCUUGUCGCUUGUCACUGACCCCGUCAAAUCGAUCGCAGGGACAUUCUAUGCAACCACUACUACUGCGAUGUCGCGCCAGAACGUGUCGCCAACUUGUGUCGUCGACGUCAUUGAAGUGCUCACGCUGGCCGCGCCAGGCGAUGUGCAAGCGUUCACCUCAGCGUGGCAGGCGGCGCUGCCUCGUACACUGAAAGCGGCCCGCUGCACACUCUACCCCGUCAUCGAGAAGGUACGCACGCGGCUCCGACACAGUGACCUGGACUUCGUGGCGCAGCUGGCGACGCAGUGUCUGAGCAGCUUUCUGGACAACAAUGCAUUGGCCUCCAUCCCGGAUGACAACGAUGGUGUCAUCAAUGGCGUGGCGGUGAGCGCUACGCAUUGCCCGCAGUGCGCCAAGUUUACCACAUUUUUGUGCGAUACCCAGCGUAUUCAGUUUUACGCUCCCGUCGACGGCCUCUGCGCGACGCUGCGCCGCCUCGUUUGCGAGCGUCAGCGUCAAUUCGCCUUCUUCCGCGCCAAGUGGAACGGCUACCGCCGCCCAAACCGAAGCGACGGUCCACAGUACGUUGUUCGAAAGCGCAAGGAGUCUGCCACCGCCCGCGAUUUGCACGAUGAAGUGUCAGCGUUGGACGUGGCGUGGUCUCUAGCGACGGUGCGACCGAAGGCAGAGUGCUGUUUGUGGUGA